AUGGCAGAACGAAACAUUAGUCGACCGUGGUCGGAAGAAGAGGAUCGUCAACUGCGCGAGGCGGUCGGCCAGUUUGGAGAACAUGACAACUGGAAGACAAUAGCACUCCAUGUGCCCGGGAGAACUAACAAGGCCUGCAGAAAGCGCUGGCUCCACUCCCUUCAACCCAGUGUCAAGAAAUCCGCCUGGACGCCGAAUGAAGAUGAACAGCUCUUAACCCUGUACAAAGAGCAUGGGCCCAAAUGGUCCCUAAUCGCUCGUUCAAUCCCUGGCAGAACCGAUGAUGCAUGUUCCAAACGAUAUCGAGAGUCGCUGGAUCCGAAUCUCAAGAAAGAUCAGUGGACUCCUGAGGAAGACGCAAAGCUCGUGGAAGUCUACGGUCGUCUUGGUGGUAAGUGGGGACAAGUUGGCCAGGAAUUGCAACGCAGUGGGCUAGGAUGCAGGAAUAGAUGGAGGCUCUUAGAGCGCAAGAGCAAAUCCAGGGUGUCGCAACAUUCAAGUCCUAUAGCAUUUGCUAUUCAAGAGAUGCCACCUCCCGCUCAAGAGACAUCACGCAACCCCCUUCCUCCUGAGGAACAAGUCCCUACCCAGACUCCCUGGCCACCAUACUACCCACCAGAAGCUUAUCCCACAUUCCCGAUCGACGACGAACCACGGAUAGGACACCAAUUCCGCGAACCCACGCCGGAGAAGUUGGAUCUCCCAGACCCACAGGUGGCUCCAUUCAAGUUCUCGUCAUCAUCCCUAAGUGCGGCGUUAUCGGAUCCUCCCAGGGCGCCUCCACCACUGCCACCCGUCAGCGCCUUCAACACUCCUGAGCUCCUCAUUCAUGAUAGUUUACAUGAUUCGGAGAGGCAACCGUCCCUUUCCCCUUUAUCACAGUGCAAUGGAAUGCCUGAAAUGAACGAUGUCCUCAUGUCGCUGGACGACUGUCAACAGACCAUGGAGCAGCAGCGUACCACUGAUGUCGCAAUAACCCAAUCUCCCUAUGCUUCGUCCUCUGGUAGAUUCAACAUCCUCGGUUUGCACGCUAUGGAAUACGCACCUUACUAUUCAGCCUCGCCCAUUUCCUUUGCCAUGGACAUAAAUCGUCCUUUCGAAUCUCCUUUUAUCGAGAACAGUCAAUGGAAAGCUCGGAAUAUGUCCUAUGAGUCCGACGUGGAUAAUUCACCACGAAGCGUGCUUGAUGGGCUCACGGUUUGGAAUGAAGGUCAUGACGACCAGUCUUCUACCUCCUCGACGCCGUACAACUUCUCGACGCAGUUAUCUCCAACUGCAAGUCCUUACCCCAUCUCUCCGGUCGAUCUUCCGUCUGUAGACAACUUGGCAACUGGCUCUUUGCUUUUCGCGCCGCCUGAUAGUCGAGGACCUGGCCUUAUACGGCGAGGCAGGAAAACUUCCAGGAGGACGAAGCCAUCAAUUAAACUCGCCGUCACGACACGUUUAUCUUCUCAGCUUCCUUUAUCCAACGAUCCCAACAUGCGACCCUAUGCCUGCGGACACCCUUCGUGUUGGCCGAUAGGCCAGGAAACGAGUUCCCAUUGUUUUGCUACCUCUGGAGAGCUGCUCGACCACACCAAAGAUGACCAUACAGAAGAGGAACCUUCAGAGAAACCAUUUAGGUGCGCGUUGCCUGGAUGUGGGAAAUCUUGGAAGUCAAUUAAUGGCCUCCAGUACCAUCUCCAGAUUUCUGCCGCCCACUUCACGCAUGCAUUAUUCUCAAGGUUCGCACAACAGCCAGCAACGCCAGACCAGCACACAUCUUCCCUAAGUAUUGAUGGUGAAGUCGAUGCAUCGGACCCCGACCGCAAGUACAUGUGCCCUCGGGAGGGCUGUUUCAAGGCCUACCGUCAACCAAGCGGCCUACGAUAUCACAUCAAACACGGUCACCCAACAGAUAUACCUGCUCAGCUCCCUUUGGUACCACCUGCGUUGGAAAGGCAGAUACCCACGAAAGCGAAGAAGCUCCGUGCCAAACCCGUCUUCGAAGUGCCCGCUCCCCUUGCAAGUUGA